GCAAUCCUGAUGACUUCAGCUUAGAAGAUGCAUUUGAAACUCCAAAGAAGCCUCUUCCAACUAAGAAGUCACCGCCAUCAGAUUUAGAUGAGUUCAGCUUGGAAGAUGCUCUUCAGCCUGAUGACCCCAAGCCAGGUCCACCUGCAAAUCCGAGAGAUGCUGAUAACCCCAGGCAAGGACCACCUGCACAUCCUAAAGACACUGGCACCUUUGAUGAUUUAGAUCUAGCCAAUGGCAAGUUACCAGGAGGAGGAGGUGAUGGUAGUGGCAGCAAUGAACGAAGGGGUGCAAGUCCAAAUAAUGGUGAAGAAGCUGAGGCUUCUCAGGGAGCAAUAGCUGGAAUUGUAAGUGCUGUGGUUGCUACUGUAAUUGGAGCAGUAUCUAGUUUCAUUGCUUACCAGAAGAAGAAACUCUGUUUCAAACAAAGCGCAGAUGAAGAGAAUGUGAAUAUGGAUAGCCAUCGGGGAGCGCAAUCUGAGCCACCUGGUAAGAGAAGAAUCUAG